AUGGAGAUGGAGGAAGGAGGAAACCAAACAACGGUCACCGAAUUCAUCCUGCUGGGGUUUGGGGAUCUCCCUGCAUUGCCCAUCCUUCUCUUCCUGGUUCUCCUAGCGAUCUACAUUGUGACCAUGGCUGGGAACCUCCUCAUCAUUGCGUUAGUUAUGACUGAUCAACACCUUCACACCCCCAUGUACUUCUUCCUGGGCAACCUGUCCUUUUUGGAGAGCUGCUACAGCUCCGCCAUCCUGCCCCGGCUGCUGGCCGGGCUCCUGACAGGGAACAGAACCAUCUCUGUGGUGGGCUGCAUGACCCAGUUCUUUUUCUUUUGUUUUCUUGCAACCACAGAGUGUUACCUCCUGGCUGCCAUGGCUUACGAUCGGUAUUUAGCCAUAUGCAAACCGCUGCACUAUGGAACCCGCAUGAAUGGCCGGCUGUGUCUCCAGCUAGCAGCCGGGUGUUGGAUAAGUGGCUUUCUCCCGUGUACACUAAUGAUGUCUUUCAUGUCACAGUUGGUUUUUUGUGGUUCCAAUGAAAUGGACCACUUCUUUUGCGACUACGCGCCGAUGCUAAAGCUCUCCUGUAGCGACACCAGCCUUCUCACGCUGGUGCUUUAUGUAUUUUCCUUCCUCGAUGCAGUUUCCCCAUUUCUAUUAACCGUGACUUCCUAUGUUUGUGUCAUCAACACCAUCCUGAGAAUCCCAUCCUCCACCGGGAGGCAGAAGACCUUUUCCACCUGCUCCUCCCACCUCAUCAUUGUAGCACUUUUCUAUGGGACCAUCAUGAUCGUCUACAUGCUACCGAAAUCCAACACGCUGAAAGCCCUCAACAAAGUGUUCUCGGUCAUCUACACGGUUCUGACUCCGCUGGCUAAUCCGCUCAUCUACAGUCUGAGAAACAGAGAGGUCAAGGAAGCCCUGCAAAAUAUGGGCAGGAAGUGUAUGGCCUUCAUAAAGAUUACCUGA